AUGUGGUGUUUGGAGCUGCUCUUAACACUGCUGUUGAUCAUCAACGAUGCAAGUUGCCAGUGGAACGUUUGGGUACCUCGGGACAUCUCGGCCAUGACAAACUCCUGCGUGGUCAUCCCGUGCACCUUCAUGUAUCCGUCUGGCAUCAGGCCGUACCGUGGCAUUCACGGUAUCUGGUACUUUGGCCAGCCCUACCCUCAACUCUUCCCUCCUGUGGUCUUCAAGUCACGCACGGAUGUCGUGCACGAGAGCUACAAGGGCCGGACCAAGCUGCUGGGUGACCUGCACCAGAGGAACUGCACUCUGCUCAUCAACAACAUUGGCACUGAGCACUCAGGGAGAUACUAUUUUCGCGCUGACCUCGGUGGAGCCAACAUGUAUACGUACCCAGACUUCGCUGAGCUCAAAGUUCUUGAUCAACCCAGCAUCGACGUCCCAGAGGAGAUUGUCAGUGAUGAGAGUCUUGAGCUAACAUGUUAUGCUCCUGACAACUGCCCUGACAUGACACCAGAGAUCCAGUGGAUGUACACCGACUACUUGCCCGACCCAGAGUUCUCUUCUGACUACCUGGAAGAGAGCAACACAGCGGUACUCUCCAGCACCCUCACCUUCACACCCAGACCCAUGCACAACGGACAACUCCUGGGUUGCAGGGUCUACUACCCCAACACGACACUGGUUUACGAGAGGCUUAUCUCUCUAGACAUCAAGUAUGCUCCACGCUCGGUGUGGGUGAAUGUGUCCUCAGAGGUGAUGGAGGGCAGCUCUGUGGUGCUGCACUGCGAGGUGGACAGUAACCCUCCCUCCAGGAUCUCCUGGAUGUUUGGAGACCAGGAGCUGUUGUGGGACACGGCGUCCAACAUCUCGCUCCCCCUGGAUGAUGUGACGCCUGCACAGGAGGGAAUCUACACCUGCGUUGGGGACAACGGCUACGGCAUGAUGAACACCUCACUCUACCUGGCCGUCAAGUACCCUCCACGUGAGCCCCUGGUAAACAACUCCAUCACAGUACUAGAGGGCACCUCGCUGGCCUUGCACUGCAGCACCCAGGGCAGCCCGGCCCCGACCCUCACCUGGCUGAAGGACGGGGAGCUGGUGGGCACCAUCACCGCUGACGAGCUGUCAGUGCUGGAGAUCAUGGCGAUCACACCGCAGGGAGAUGGACAGUACCGCUGCCUGGCCGAGAACGAGCACGGCCGAGCCAGCAGUUCCCUCAACAUCACUGUUGAGUACGCCCCAGUCCUUCUGGAGGAGUCAAAGUGCACAGUGGUGAGGGAGGGUGUCCAGUGUGUCUGCAUGGCCACAGGAAACCCCGAACCCAUCAUCGAGUUCUACCUGCCCGACCUGAACAUCACCAUCAACGAAACAGAUGGCCGGUACAACUUCUACACGCACACGGACGGACACACCUCCACAGGCAUGAUCAAGCUGCGGGAGAAAGGAGAGCGCGUCGACAACGGCGGCCCUGCCGUCAACGUCCACUGCAGCAUCUACAACAUGUAUGGAAGAGAGAGCAUACUUCUGGAGCUACAGCAGGAGAAAAAGUACAUGAUGGCUGUUAUAGUUGGCACCAUUGGAGGAGUGGCGGUCAUAGCCUUCAUCAUUGCAGCAGUGAGAUACGUUGGCCACAACAACAAGAAAGAGAAUGGCAACCCUAGGCAGGACGUGGUCCUGGAGAACCCAGCUUUGUACUACAGCGCAGUCAAGAAGGACAAACAAAAUCUGAGGAAGAAAGUGCUUAAGACAGAGCUGUUGGGCUCAAAGUUUAACUCCAUUCUAGAGGAGACUACGGGAGAAGACGGGGAUUAUCAACCUGUGGGCUCUAUGGCAGGACUGGAGAGGCAAGAGCUGAAUUAUGCUGCUCUGGAGUUUAUCGGGGCCAGGCCCAGGGAGGGGGCCUCAGGGAGGGGGGAUGACGGCAGCAACUACACGGAAAUCAAAGCCAAAUGAAUCGCGAUCCUUCCCUGAUCCCUUGGCUAGGCGAGACGCAGUGGCAACCCCGUAUC